AUGCCGACUCUUAAGCGCGUAGCCCCAGACUCUGCGCUGCUUACGCCUCUCAAUGCCGCUCUACUCGCACUUGCCAUAUUCGCCCAUUACCAGCUCUACGUCUGGCUUUCGACAUAUUUGCGCCAACGUCAGGUGAUCCGCCAGAAUGGCUGUCUGCCAGCCUACAAGUACCCACACAAGGGGCUCCUCGGCAGAUGGCUCGGGCUCGACGUGAUGAAGGAGUUUUUACGUCAAGGCAAAGAGGGUCAGAUGCUCGAAGGGCUCAGAAAGAGAAAUUACGGCGACGGCAUAUACACCCUGACGAGUCGACGCCUGACGCAGACGGUCAUCAAUACGAUCGAACCAGAAAAUAUCAAAGCUAUACUCGCCACGGAUUUUCAAUCAUACUCUCUCGGCCAAAGCCGGCGCGAUAUCUUUAUACCACUCUUCGGCCCGGGCAUUUUCGACCUCGACGGCCAUGGUUGGGAAAGAUCACGAUCCUUGAUCCGCCCUAACUUUGUGCGCGCCCAGGUCGCCGACCUCGACAUGUUCGAAUCCCACGUCCAGGAGCUUCUGGCCCAUGUCCCUCGCGACGGCAGCACUGUUGACCUUCAACCCCUCUUCUUCGGCCUGACCAUGGACUCUGCUACCGAGUUCUUAUUCGGGAAGUCCACCAACUCGCUUGCCCCCGGGCUGGAAACCGACACAGCAGCCCAGUUUGUGCGCGCGUUCGUCUACUGCACCGAACGCGUCAGUAUUGAGCUGCGAUCGUUUGGACUCCUGAAGUAUGUGCCAAAUCCAACCUGGCGCAAGCAGGUCAAGGUGGUCCACGAGUUUGCAGACAAUAUUGUGAACGAAGCGCUGGUCAAAAUGCGGGACGAAAAGUUUGUCGAGGCAUUGAAUACGGGCAAGCAGAAGUACACCUUCCUGUAUGAGCUGUGCUCCCGGACGCAGGACCCAUAUACGGUGCGCAGUGAGUUGUUGAACGUCCUGCUGGCGGGCCGCGACACGACCGCGGGACUUCUGAGCAACACCUGGCACGUCUUGUCCAAGCGCAAGGAUAUAUGGGACAAGCUGCAAGCUGAGGUCGAUACCUUGAAUGGCGAACGACCAGAUUACCAGGCACUCAAGGAUUUGAAGUACCUGAAGUGGGUGAUGAAUGAGAGUCUGCGGCUGAUGCCGGUCGUGCCCGGAAACAGUCGACAGGCGGUGCGAGACACAGUGCUGCCGUUGGGUGGCGGUCCAGACCAGAAGAGCCCCGUGUUUGUGCCCAAGGGAUGUGUCGUCCAAUAUCACGUGUGGUCCAUGCAUCGGAGACAGGACUACUACGGCGAGGACGCACACGAAUUCAAACCUGAGCGGUGGGAAUCGAUCAGGCCGGGCUGGGAGUACCUGCCUUUCAACGGCGGCCCGAGGAUUUGCGUUGGUCAGCAGUACGCGCUGUUGGAGGCCGGCUACGUCACCGUCAGAUUGAUGCAGGCCUUCAAGCGCAUGGAGAGCAGAGACGAGCGCGAAUGGCGCGAAUGGAUGACCAUCACCCUCAGCAGCGGCGUGGGUUGCAAAGUGGCGUUGUAUGAAAAGUGA